AUGAUAUCUCCUCAAAACAGCCAAGAUGCCAUUCAUUUCAACGAUCGUGCUCCAACAGAGCAUGAAGAGGACAUGGAGCGACCUCUCUCGCCUGAAUUAUUGUAUCGGGAACAGUUUGAGAAAAUGUUUGAUACGUACAAAUCGCUGCAAGAAGAACGAGAAAUGAUCAAUUUCGAGGAAGUUCGGGAAUUACUCCAACUCUCUAACUUAUCCAUUUCUGCUGCAUCGAUUAAAGAAGUAUUCGAUCAAAAGAUUGGCAUUGAAAAUAAGGCUACUCGGGAACAAUUUGUAUCCAUCAUGAGAGAAUUAAUUUCAACCGUAUCAAACUCUCCAAGACAGGUCCUUAAACACGCUUCUCCUAAUAGUAGUUCCAUUGAUUUUCAAGAAAAAUGUAUGAUAGAGGUCAAGAAAGAAAAGUAUUUACAGGAACAUAACCGAUACAUCAGAGAUCACCCUCUGUUGCAUCAAAUACUCUUCGAUUUUAUGAACACGACGCUAAUUUAUCAGCCCGAUGAUGUCUAUUCUUUUGCAAAAGAAUACUUUACAAAACUGGCAAAGGUUGAAACAAAAUCAAACAAGCCAAAGAAAGUUUUAGUAUUUUCAGGAGCUGUCACCUCUGCAAGUAAUUUUGCUAUCAAAAUUCAAGCUACUUUCCCUCAUGACGUUGAGCGAGCGGUGGGAUAUACAACGAGGAAACCUCGAGUGGACGAAAUUGAAGGAAUACAUCAUUUCUUUGUUCCUUCGAACGAUGAGAUGAAACAACUAAUGAAAGAGAAUUAUUUCUACGAAAUUGUACAGAUAGGGAACGAUUACUAUGGAAAUGCAAAAAGUGAAAUUGAUUCCAUCCUAGAAAAAGACAAGGUUUGCAUCAUAUUCGCAAACCUUAAAGGAGUUCAACAAUUGAAAAUGAUUUUCAGCGAAGCUCAAAUCAGCUCGUAUUGCAUUUACAUCAAACCUGUUUCAAUGAAUUCGUUUGAAAAUGCCCUCAACAAGAUUAGUGACGACGAAAACCUGGAUUACGCGAAAAACCGUGUCGCCAUGAUAGAAGACGAGCUCAGGCAAGAUCUAUCCUCCAACUACAAUCUGGUCUAUGAGAUGAACGAUGAAUUAAUGCCAGAGGCUGAAAUUCCAUUAGAAUACGAAAUGCCAGAUGAUUUGUACAAGUCCAUUUACAGUUUCAUUACGUCAAACAAGUAA